AUGCCGUCGCCCUCGAGGUCCGUGAACGUCGCCAUCAUAGGCAGUGGCUUUGCCGGCCUAAGUCUCCUAAUUGGUCUUCAAAAAUACCCACACAUCAACGCGCAUGUCUAUGAGGCAGGAACCAAGUUUUCUGAACUUGGCGCUGGUGCCGUCCUUGGUCCCAAUUCGCAGCGAGCAAUGAAGUUGAUCGAUCCGCGUAUCCAUGAAGGAUUCGAGCGACGCGCUGCCUUUGAUCCGGAAAAUGCAGACGCAAAUGGCCUUUACCCGUGGGUAUCAGUGACCAAGGGACAGGAACCGGAUUUAGACGAGAAGGUCGUCGAGUACAAGCAUGAGAUCAAGGGCUCGACAAUCCACCGAGCCCAUUUCCUUGAUGAGCUGGUGAAGCUUGUCGAGCCACAUCGAGCUCACUUCGGGAAGCGCCUGGUCGAAAUUCACGAAAAAGGCGACGAGGACCCAAUCACGCUUCAUUUCAAAGACGGCACUACUGCCAUGGCCGAUAUUGUUGUUGGCGCUGAUGGAAUUCACUCGGUGACUCGCAAGCACAUCCUUGGCGACCACCCAGCAGCCAGCGCUUUCUUCACCGGUGCCAUUAUCAACCGUGCGACAGUUCCAAUGGAACAAGCAGAGGCCAAAUUGGGCGAUGUGAAGUCGAAAUUUGGCAUCCGAUGUGGAAAAGACGGUCUGGUGUUUGGUUUCCCGAUGUCCGAGAGAAGCCUAUAUUACCUUGGGAUCACGACCUUUAACAACGCCCCAGUCCCGCGUGAUGCGUGGGUUCUACCGGUAGACACUGCGCGACUCAAGAAGACCUUCGCCAACUACGGUGACUACGUCCGAAAGCAAGUGGAGCUGGUUCCAGACGACGGCACCGCGAUGGGCUGGUCAAUCUGGGAAAUGCCACCCGCUCCAACAUACUACAAGGGUCGGGUGGUGGUAAUGGGUGAUGCGGCCCACGCGUCAACUCCAUUUCAAGGAGCAGGUGCUGGUCAGGCAAUCGAGGAUGCGCUUGUCCUCGAGCAAUUGUUGGGCAAGUACCUGAAUAACGCCCAGGAGACUAUUUACAGGUUCAGCCAGGUCCAGACCAUUGUGUUGGCUUUACAAUCGUAUGAUACAGUUCGUCGCUUCCGAAGCCAAAAGGUCGUUACCACGAGUGCUGAGACUGGUCGUCUCAUAAGUGGCAACGAGCCUGGGGUGUCAAUGGAAGCACCGGAGCUUCGCAUGCUUCUGAAAGGGCGAGAGGACUGGAUCUGGGAUUGUGACCAGCAGCAACAGGUCAAAGACGCUCUGCAGAUAUUUGAAGAAGCACAGAUUGCUGCUGCCCGAAGGGCUGCUUAUGAUACUGCUUGA